AUGGUAUGGAUGUUGGGAGGGUCUACGGCUGUGAGGGAGGUAAGAGAUGGAGAGGUAUCAAACCUUGGAGCACUAUUACUCAUAAAGGAAGCAAUAGACGUGUCGAUUGGAGAAGUUUCCAAGUUGAGAUUCAUAACCAAUGGAGGGUUGCCAGCGUGUACAGUGUCAGGAAUAGUGGGAGACUUGGAUUGGAAAGAGUCAUCAAACCUGGACAAAGAUGAAGAGGAAGGAGAAUUAAUUGGGAUAAGGUCGGGUAAGUCGUGGGAUGAGGUUGUUGGAGAAAAAUGUGGGGAACUGGAAAAGGGAAGUGGCGAAUUUAGGAGAGGGGAAGGAGGUAAAUGGGGUGACACAAUUGGGAAAGAGUUGUCGAAAUGGAAUGAUGUAAGGGAAGGAGAGAUUGAUGCCCAUUUUGAAAAAGUGAAAUCAUUAACUUUGUCAUACUUAUUUAAGGGAGAUAAAGAGGAAAAGUGA